UUCAAAUUUAAUACUACGAUUACUUUUGCUUGGUUUUUUUUCUAUCUUAUGUGAUAUUUUAGAAAUAAUAUACAAUGGAUAUCUGCAGCAAAAGUCUGAACAUAACUGCAGAGUUUACGAGCGGACUUCAGAUCUUAUUCAACAAUGUUAAGAAACACAACGUUGUAUUGCCAGAAACAGAUGAGCCCUGGACCCUGGGCUUACUCCUGAUCUGGAUCAAGGACAAUUUGUUGGUCGAAAAAGAGAAAUGCGAUUUGUUUUUGAAAGGCAAUACUGUAAGACCUGGCAUUAUAGUAGCAGUCAAUGACCAAGAUUGGGAACUUUUAGGCAAUGUGAAAUACCAAAUUAAGAACAAUGAUAACAUAACCUUUAUAUCAACAUUACAUGGUGGUUAAUAAAUACAAUGUAUAAGUUUUAA